AAAAACGCGACCGGGUCACUCAAGGUUAAUUUCAAAUCAUUCGAGGUUCAGUGGUUACCUUGAUACAUAGGGGCGACGUAUGUCAAGGCGAAAUCCAGUCAGACGUCUCUCUCUUGGUGAGCUUGGCUUUCUCGAGAUGAUCUGGCCCCGGCCAUGGUUACGAAUUAUCUAAUCGUUACAAUAUAUUCAUAUAUCUCACUCAUGGGUGACUCAGUUUCAAUUUACUGUAAAUCCUGACGAGAUAACUGGCAGUAUUUAUUCAUUUCAAAUGGAUUUCGUCUUAUCGAAGGCAACUCACGUCAAGGCGGUCUCCUUGCAUGAUAUUCGCCUUGAGCAAUUUCUUUUUACUAGGGGUGAGUUCUGGAGCAAACCAACUAUGACAGCUUCCAUAGUCAUAUCUGACUAGGUAGUGAACCGAAAGAAUACCUAGGGCGCAUUAUUCCGAUGUCUGAAAUACACCCGUGUUAAUCGCUCGAACUUUUAAAACUUGUAUGAACCAUAUAGUUCCCGCGAAUUCGGAACCUUCACUAACACCACUUGGAUUAUCCUACAUCCGAACUAGUUUGACGUAUUCAUACAUAAUAACUAUUUAUGAUGAAGACUUACUCUUUAGUGACCAAGGCUCUCCUCGGGAUAGCACCGCAGAUCAACAUCGCCCUAUUCGGCGGCAACGACUCUUCUGCGGCAGAGCCGGCCAUGUCAAAUGAUACUCUCGCAAAUAGCAUUGGCAGUGUCCUCGCAACUCCGACUGCCAACAUUUCUGAUCUUGGCCUAACACCGACCAUAGGGUUUACUGCUACGCAGGUUGUCAUGGAUAUUGUGCAGAGUAGCGAGGAUACGACGUCUUCGGAGCAGUUGGUGGAUAGUGUGCCGCCAAGGAUUACUAUCGAUACCGUUAUAGCUGCUGUCAGACCUCAAAAGAUCACAGAGGUUGACUCUAAGGCGUCUACGACUGCCCCGGCGGCUCCGUCUAUCGCAUCUGAUAUCACAAUCCUUGCUUCUGUAACGUCUACGGAUUAGUACUGUGUAUGCAGGGAUUGGGGAAAAGGCGUGGCAUUCGACAUGGGCUUCUUAAAGAAAUAGGAGCGUGAUGGUAAAUUUGUGAAGAGCUAAGUAUAGAUGGCUGUUUGAGUAGGAGAGCCGUACGAAGUGAUGUAAAUCAGAUAUUACGUAUGUUACAAUAUUCUAUGAUGUGAGAUAUGAUAAUACCUUGUACACCUAAACGAUCUAGGCGUUGUGCUUUCUGGAUGGUUCUCUUCUUGUUCAAAUAUUCCUACCACCUAUAGGUUAUUAUGAGGCUGCUAGGUAAUAGCGAUGGGGUGAUGUUUUCUUUAGCACGAUUAAUCGUAAUUUACCUAUGAGACUAAGUUUACUAGGUAGGUGCCUAGUAGGAAUUUAGUAUCGGCAGAUUUUUAUCAUCUAUGCCUUCCGUCGCUGAAAUUUCGUCGUUCGUGCCUUCGUGUAACACAAUUAAAG